UCAAGAACUGACCUAGAGCUUCUUGAGAUACUGAGGAGACGGGUGAUUUUUACGAACCCAGAUGAAAGGCCGCAUGUUCUGUGACCUUACUGAGUUCAGAAAAAGCACCUUCUUGCUUUUUGGAGUGAUUCGUUUUGCUUUCCUUUAAAAUUUGUCCAAGGCUAAGAACUGGGCCGCGAGCGAAGAAGCAAAACAGGAUAGAAGCACGGGAUUGACAAGGACAGCCGAGCGUCAUGCGAGAGGAACAGUCUUGUGGCGACUUUCCCGAGGGUGGGGUCCUACCCAGUGAAGAGGAGCAAGAACGUCGACCUAACAAGUGCCCCGUCGUUGUUGCACCACCAACAGGUGCUCGAAAGCGGCUGACAGGUCCUAAGAAAGAGCCUGGUACACCCCUAAAACUGGACGACAAGACGUCACCAGACUGCCCAUCCACGACCGUUCCCUCUUGCCCCAAGCGGCCCAAGAGAAGCUCUCCUCCUUCCUCAUCGACCUCUGCGGCCUCCCUUGUGCCCACCGUGAGCUCGGUGUCACCUGUGCCCGGGCAACCGUUCGAGGACCUCCACACGCAACGAGUGAUCGCUAACGUCCGGGAACGGCAGCGCACACAGUCCCUAAAUGACGCAUUCGCCUCCCUGCGGAAGAUCAUCCCAACGUUGCCUUCAGACAAACUGAGUAAGAUUCAGAUCCUCAAACUGGCUUCGAGAUACAUCGACUUCCUCUACCAGGUUCUCCAGAGCGAUGAGAUGGAUGCCAAGCUGGCCAGCUGUAACUACCUGGCCCACGAAAGACUGAGCUACGCCUUCUCUGUAUGGAGGAUGGAGGGCGCUUGGUCCAUGUCCGCCACUCACUAGACGUUCACCCAUUCCUAAUCCUCCCUACAGCCCGAUACAACCCUCCAGAUCCAACCCGCCUCUGAACUCUGAACCUGCAGAGAAAGUGACUCUGAUUUUAAAUCUAUCGCUGUCUGUCUACUAGCUAUGGCUUCAAAUUCACCAGCAACAGCCAUUUGACUCCUGCUGCCAUGACCUGACCCUGCCUAAAGCUGACCUCUGACCUUCCAACACUGAACUUUUUACUUUAUCUAAGAGCAGCCCUGUAAAAGUUACUUGUCCAGUUUACCUAAAUACGAUGAGCACAGCUUCCAGUUUGAGAUCUUCUGCUGCUGAGGUUAUCAUACGCAGGCCUAUACUUGUGUACCCUCUCCUUUGGAUUUCAUACAUAUCCCACUAUCCCAGAGGACAUCAUGCUUCGACUACAAGCCAAUAAUCCUUCCCUUCUUCUAAUGGAGCAAUACAACAAAAUGCAAAAUGCAAAAAAAAAAAGACCUCCACCAUCUAAAGGAUCUAAGAUUGUUCAGAUUGGAUCAGACUCUGGUUGAGUGGAGGGGUGCUGAUUUGUGAUCAGUGUUCAUUGACUUUGAUUAUGCAUGGACACGCAGAGGCAUAAGGACUGUACACUUAUAGCUAACCUAUAGCAGCUAGCCUGAUGGAAAAAAUGCUUCGUAGACUCACUAUAUUCCCUGAUAUACAGAUCUGAUCAGAGUUGUUGUGCUUGUCAUUAAUGCUGUAUAUUAGCCAACAUUAUUACUUCUGUGACAGUGUAACAAUUGUGUCAUGGUAUAUACCACAUCCGUCUAAAUGUAAAGGUUGUUACGUUUAAAAAAAAAUAAAGCUGUAAGAUUAAUUCU